AUGAGGCUCGGCCUCCAGAACAAAGCGGCGGCCCGGGGAGACGCGGCGGCCCCGCGACGCACACUCCCAGGGCUCCCGGCGCUACGCAAAAGCCCCGCGGCGCGCCGGCCCGCCGCCCUUACGCCACUGGCUUGGCCCCAGAGCCUUCGCGAAUAUGGCUUUGCGCACUGCGGCGGGGCUGCGCCGCAACCUAGCUUGCCCGGUGGCUCCUCCCCGCCCUGCGCGGAUUGGUGGCGGACGGAAGCCCGGCUGCUGAUUGGACAGCGGAGGAGCCACUCGGGGAGGCUCCGGUGGGGCGGCCGCCCCGGAGUGAUAAGUUGGGCUUCAGACACGCCUCGGCGCCAGCAGCGAGCCGGAGCUCUAUGGAGGCGGCGGCGGGUUCUCGGUGAAGGCUUUUCGUUUGUACCAUCCCCUCCCCUCCCCACCCCAUCCAUUAAUAUUAUUCUUUUGAAGAUUCUUCGUUGUCAAGCCGCCAAAGUGGAGAGUGCGAUCGCAGAAGGGGGUGCUUCUCGUUUCAGUGCUUCUUCGGGCGGAGGAGGAAGUCGGGGUGCACCUCAGCACUAUCCCAAGACUGCUGGCAACAGCGAGUUCCUGGGGAAAACCCCAGGGCAAAACGCUCAGAAAUGGAUUCCUGCACGAAGCACUAGACGAGAUGACAACUCCGCAGCAAACAACUCCGCAAAUGAAAAAGAACGACAUGAUGCAAUCUUCAGGAAAGUAAGAGGCAUACUAAAUAAGCUUACUCCUGAGAAGUUUGACAAGCUAUGCCUUGAGCUCCUCAAUGUGGGUGUAGAGUCUAAACUCAUCCUUAAAGGGGUCAUACUGCUGAUUGUGGACAAAGCCCUAGAAGAGCCAAAGUAUAGCUCGCUGUAUGCUCAGCUAUGUCUGCGAUUGGCAGAAGAUGCACCAAACUUUGAUGGCCCAGCAGCAGAGGGUCAACCAGGACAGAAGCAAAGCACAACAUUCAGACGCCUCUUGAUUUCCAAAUUGCAAGAUGAAUUUGAAAACCGAACCAGAAAUGUUGAUGUCUAUGAUAAGCGUGAAAAUCCCCUCCUCCCUGAGGAGGAGGAACAAAGAGCUAUUGCUAAGAUCAAGAUGUUGGGGAACAUCAAAUUCAUUGGAGAACUUGGCAAGCUUGAUCUUAUUCACGAAUCUAUCCUUCAUAAGUGCAUCAAAACACUUUUGGAAAAGAAAAAGAGAGUCCAACUCAAAGAUAUGGGAGAGGAUUUGGAGUGCCUCUGUCAGAUAAUGAGGACAGUGGGACCUCGAUUAGACCAUGAACGAGCCAAGUCCUUAAUGGAUCAGUACUUUGCCAGAAUGUGUUCCUUAAUGUUAAGUAAGGAAUUGCCAGCAAGGAUUCGUUUCCUACUGCAGGAUACCGUAGAGUUGCGAGAACACCAUUGGGUUCCUCGCAAGGCUUUUCUUGACAAUGGACCAAAGACGAUCAAUCAAAUCCGUCAAGAUGCAGUAAAAGAUCUAGGAGUGUUUAUUCCUGCUCCUAUGGCUCAAGGGAGGAAUGACUUCUUCCUGGAGGGACCGUUCAUGCCACCAAGGAUGAAAAUGGAUAGGGACCCACUUGGGGGACUCGCUGAUAUGUUUGGACAAAUGCCAGGUAGUGGAAUUGGUACUGGUCCAGGAGUUAUCCAGGAUAGAUUUUCACCCACGAUGGGACGACAUCGUUCAAAUCAGCUCUUCAAUGGCCAUGGGGGACACAUCAUGCCUCCCACGCAAUCGCAGUUUGGAGAGAUGGGGGGCAAAUUUAUGAAAAGCCAGGGGCUAAGCCAGCUCUACCAUAACCAGAGUCAGGGACUCUUAUCCCAGCUGCAAGGACAGUCGAAGGAUAUGCCACCUCGGUUUUCUAAGAAAGGACAGCUUAAUGCAGAUGAGAUUAGUUUGAGGCCUGCUCAGUCGUUCCUAAUGAAUAAAAACCAGGUGCCAAAGCUUCAGCCCCAGAUAACUAUGAUUCCUCCCAGUGCACAGCCACCACGCACUCAAACACCACCUCUGGGACAGACACCACAACUUGGUCUCAAAACUAAUCCACCACUUAUCCAGGAAAAGCCUGCCAAGACUAGCAAAAAGCCACCACCAUCAAAGGAAGAACUACUUAAACAGACUGAAGCCGUUGUGACUGAAUAUCUGAAUAGUGGAAAUGCAAAUGAGGCCGUCAAUGGCAUGAGAGAAAUGAGAGCCCCGAAACACUUUCUUCCUGAGAUGUUAAGCAAAGUGAUCAUCCUGUCACUAGAUAGAAGUGAUGAAGAUAAAGAAAAAGCGAGCUCUUUGAUCAGUUUACUCAAACAGGAAGGAAUAGCCACAAGUGACAACUUCAUGCAGGUAAGCCCACCUAGUGAUGAAACAGAUUCUUCCUCUGCUCCUUCCAAAGAACAGUUAGAGCAGGAGAAACAGCUGCUGCUCUCUUUCAAGCCAGUGAUGCAGAAAUUCCUUCAUGACCAUGUGGAUCUACAGGUCAGUGCCCUGUAUGCUCUGCAGGUGCACUGUUAUAACAGCAGCUUCCCCAAAGGCAUGUUACUUCGAUUUUUUGUUCAUUUCUAUGACAUGGAAAUUAUUGAGGAGGAAGCUUUCGUGGCUUGGAAGGAAGACAUAACUCAAGAGUUUCCAGGAAAAGGCAAGGCUUUGUUCCAGGUAAAUCAGUGGCUAACCUGGCUAGAAACUGCUGAAGAAGAAGAAUCAGAGGAAGAAGCUGACUAAAGAACCAGCCAAAGCCUUAAAUUGUGCAAAGCAUACUAUGAUGUAACUGCAUUUGACCUAACCACUGCGAAAAUUCAUUCCGCUGUAACGUUUUUCACAAUAUUUAAAGCAGAAGCACGUCAGUAAGGUUUCCUUCUGCAUAAGGUUUUUGUAGUGUGAUGUCUUAAUCAUAGUCUACCAUCAAAUACUUUAGGAGUAUCCUUAAUGUUUAGAUAGAAUAUUAGCAGCAUGCAAUAAUUACAUCCUAAGUUCUCAAGCAGAGGCAGUCUAUUGCAAAGAUCUUCUUUGCUGCCAGUUACCAUAGGCUGUUUUUAAGUUAGAAAACUGAAUAGCAACACUGAAUACUGUAGAGAUGCACUUUGCUCAGUAAUACUUGAGUUGUUGCAAUAUUUGAUUAUCCAUUUGGUUGUUACAGAAAAAUUAACUGUAAUUGAUGGUUGUUGCCGUAAUAGUAUAUUGCCUGUAUUUCUACCUCUAGUAAUGGGCUUUAUGUGCUAGAUUUUAAUAUCCUUGAGCCUGGGCAAGUGCACAAGUCUUUUUAAAAGAAACAUGGUUUACUUGCACAAAACUGAUCAGUUUUGAGAGAUCUUUAAUGCCCUUGAAGUGGUUUUUGUGGGUGUGAAACAAAUGGUGAGAAUUUGAAUUGGUCCCUCUUAUUAUAGUAUUGAAAUUAAGUCUACUUAAUUUAUCAAGUCAUGUUCAUGCCCUGAUUUUAUAUACUUGUAUCUAUCAAUAAACAUUGUGAUACUUGAUGUAGUUGUACAUGACUUCAAAUAGUACCUCCAAAGUUUGGAAAAUUGUUCAUUUUGUCUUGAGGUAUGGACUUACCUCAGUUUAAGAACUUGGGAAAUUUUUAACUUCAUAGUCUUAACACCAGUGCUAUUUAGUAGUGAUUCACCCUGUAAGCAGCAUUAGUAAGUACCAUACUUUAGAGUAUUCAGUUUUUCACCCUGUUUCAGACUGACUGUUUCUGUCAGUCUUGUAAUGCAAGCUGUCAACUUAAUCUGGAGCUGCCUUCUGUUAAGAAACUUUGUCAACUCUGACUCUGCUUUCUAAGCACCUUAGGAAUAAGCUUCCUCAUCACACCAUCCUCUUUGCUGAGGUACCUGCUUAGUUCUUAAUCUCCAUUUAUUCUUCACAACAAAACAACCAGAGCAAGAAACGGAAAAACAAAACUGCCAUGUGGUUUAGAACUUGGCAAAUGCUAGGCUUUGAAUUUAUGAUUUAAAAUUUUAAAUCAUAAAAUUGGCUCCUAUUUCCAUUUUGUCUAGCCCUUGCAAUAUGUAGUUCCUUUACCUGGAACAGUGCUUUCCUUACCUCUUAACCUUCGGGUGUUGGUUUAAAUUUCACUCAACUUGCCUUCUUCCUCUGCCAGGACAAGAGAAGAGUUUCUAGAAGUCAAAGGUUUUUUUUUUUUUGAGAUGUCACUGAAAAGGUCCGCGGGGACAGUGGACCACGAAGUAGCUGUGUCCCCUGCAUCCCCUGCCAAUAUAAUAUCUUCUCAGGUGUCACCAGCUCCAAAAGCCUGCAGUGGAAUGAGUAGGGACAGAUAGGCCCUUUGCUCCCUCCCAGAAGAACCCCGGUCUUGCUUUGGUGGCUUUGUCAUCAACUCUCAGUGGAGUAUAAGAAACUGGGAAAAGUUGAAGUCGGAGCCAAGGAUAAUUGUGGGAUUGAGGUUCAUUCCACAACUCAGCCUAGCCUGUGGUUUACUACUCAUCUACCCCUUGGUGAAAGCUGAGCUCCAAGGGGACAGGACAGUGUAGGUCUCAUCACUGCUGAGUGGGAUUUUUAUGAGUUUCAAUAUUAGUAAAUUUUGGGAAUUAAGGAUUUAAGGGAAAUUCAAAAUUAGGUUUAGGAUCCAAAAUGUCCUGGAUAAAAGAUUGUCUUUGAAUCUGAAGAUUGAUUGCAUGGUAACUGAGUUAGGGCUAACACACUAACUGAAAUGAUCUAUGUAUUGCCCCACCCACUAGAAAAACUAGUGAUGAAUAAAUGUUUGGAUAGUGA